UGUGGGGGGCAGCAUGAGCCUCACUCGUGUUUAUUUGUGUGUGAAGAAGAAGCGUGACUCCGCUCACAGACACAACACAUUUAUCCUCCGCUGCAAAAACGACUGGAUCAAAUAAACGCCUUUGUUUAUAAACUGCUCUUCAUCGUCACCACCGUCGUCCCCGGACACUUCUGGUGUAUGACCGCGGGGAGCCGCGCCACAUCUGUGGGAGAGCAUGUACCGUGGUCGGCCUCCGCCGAGAGGAAACUACCCGCCGUCUUUCGAGGGACGAGGACCGCGGCCUUACCCAGGCCCGGACUACAGAGACGACCGGAACCGGCCCAAACCUCCGUACCAGCAUGGCUUCCACGAGCAAGGUAUCGUGGACCCCUACCGCCGCUCCCCGCCGCGCAGGAGGCACCCUUCCCCCGGGUCUGGAAGCCACCGAGGCGCCGAGUACUGGCCCGGCGGUCCACCGAGAGAGAGGUCGCUGUCGCCACACAAGUCCGUACCCCUUGACCACAAUCUGGUCAUCACUGUUGGUAAUGAGUUGACGUCAAAGUCUGGCUCCACCCCUUCACACUCUCAUGACAGAGACUUCCCUGCUCGACCUGAGCAGAGCCGGGCCAAGAGUCAAGGUCGGAGUAAGAGUCGGCCUCGCAGCCAAAGCCAGAGUCCAGACAGGAGUCGUGCAAAGAGCCAAGGACGCAGUAAAAGCCGGCCCCGCAGCUCGAGCCGGAGUCCAGACGGGAGCAGGGCCAAGAGUCGAGGACGGAGCAAGAGUCGGCCCCGCAGCCGCAGCCAGAGCCCAGAUCGGAGCAGGGCCAAGAGUCGAGGACGGAGCAAGAGUCGGCCCCGCAGCCGCAGCCAGAGCCAGAGUCCAGAUCGGAGCAGGGCCAAGAGCAGAGGGCGCAGUAAGAGUCGGCCCCGUGACCGGAGCCGGAGUCCGGAUCGGAGCCGGGACAAGAGCCGAGGACGGAGCAAAAGUCGCCAUGUUAGCAGGUCAAGAUCUAAAUCCAGGUCCAGGUCCAGAGGCAGGAGCAGAGGCAGAAGCUUCAGCAAACCAGCCGGUCGCGUCCGCAGUAAGAGCCGACACAAGAGCCGCAGCUCAAGCAGCAGCUCGAGCGGCUGCAGCAGAGACGAACGCUACAAGAAAAACAGGGAAUUCAGAGAGCUGGAGAUGGCGCGACGCAGGAAGGAGAUGGAGGACAUACUGAACCAACCCACAAAAUCCAUCCUGAAGAAACGCAAUGACUCCGAGGACUCACCAUCAGUCCGGAGCAUCGACUCUCCCCGAGCCAUCGAUGGCAUGUCUCAGAUCGCCGACCAGCUGCUGCAUGCAAUGAAAGGCAUGGAGCCUCACAUGGUAGCAUCCUUGCUGUCGGAGCUGCGAUCCGACCCACAGAUGGCCCAACGUCUCGGUUUGGACACAGAGAUCAAGGAGAUCCUGAAUCUUUUGGGGGGGACGGGCAUGGGGACCAAGGCGGAUACGAAGGCAGUGGAUGACAUCGAUGAUGAGGAGAAGUUUCUGUACGGAGAUUGCGAGGAGCCCAAACCUCCGCCCAUGUCUGAGUCAUUCAGACACCAUGGACUUGACCAGUAUGGAGAUGUGACGGAGGAUACACUGUACGGAGACUAUACACAAACCCAAUCUGUCAUGGAUCAGACCUAUGGCCACCCUCCGAUUGUCGCGCCUCACCACCAGGCUCCUCCUACCGCAGUGGAGCCGGACAUUAGGUACGUGAGCCAGCCCACUAUUGGCCCGCACCAGAACAUCACAGUCCAGGUGGCGAACCCUUCCUGCUCUGCAGAUACAGAAGCACUGGAGGAGUACGAGAAGAUCCAGGACCUGCUGAAGACCAUAGGUCUAGACCUGGGUGUCACCGAGAUCAGCAAGAUGGCUGCCAGGACCAAAGAACGUCUACAUGGAAACAAACCUGCUCCAAAGACGCCGGUACGCCGCAGGCAGUACUCCUCUGGCAGCUCUGACGGAGGCCGCAGGCGGCGGAGUCACAGCAGCUCCAGCAGCAGCAGCAGCAGCAGCAGCAGCAGGAGCCGCAGCAGGGGGCGCAAGCGGGGGGGCAGCUGGAGCAGCGACAAUGUUGGCAGGAAGUCUACUUCACAAAAAUCUAACAAAGAUGUCAACGAGAUGAAGAGCGAGCAACAUUCUCCUAUGGUGCCACCGCCGCACAAAGACGCCCCGCCAAUAACCCCUAACCCCACUGGUCUUCCUCCUCACACUGCGGUGCCCGUGCCCCCCUAUCCCCCUCCACCGCCCCACAACAUGAUGCCGACCAACUACCCCCCACCAGGAUACAGUCAGUAUGCAAACUACAUGCCCUACAUGCACCAGCAGUGGCCGCCAAUGUACCCGCCCCCUAAUAUGAGCCUGCCCCCGCCCGCUGCCCAUGAAGACUUCCCCGCCGCUCAGCCGUACCAGGACCCAUACCAGGACCCGUAUCACCAGCCGGGCCCUGAGCCAGUAGUCAAAGCAUCAGUGAAAGUGGACAACGAGAAGGGAGGAGCCAAGCGCGGGAGCCUUGAACGGAAGGUGUCCGAGAAGGAGAACAACGAGAGCCAGAAACAAAAGGUUCUGGAGGAGAGAGAGAAGCUGAAGCAGGAGCGAGAGGUCCGGAUGAAGAAGAAGGAGUAUCUGAUGAAGGAGCUGGAGCAACUCAGGAAGCAACAAGGUGAACUCCUGAGGAAGAAGCGGCGGGAGAAGGAGGGUCACAAAGACCCUCUGCUGCAGGAGAUCAGCCACCUGCAGGAGGACGUCAUGACUCAGAUCGCCAACCUGCGCAAGGAGCAUGAGGCCGCCGAGAAGAAACGCAGUGAGAUUGACAAGGUGGCACUCAUCCUCGGUAUCGGCCCCAGCGAUCGGCCCCGCAAGGGCGCUAAACCCCAGCUGGACCGCGAGGGUGAGUCAGCGCCGCCACCAGAGAAGAAGAAACGGGAGGCAGAGCGGAGUCCAGAUGGUCGGCCGGCGUCCAGCAGCGCCACGUUAAAGACUUCGGCGGCGCCAUCGCAGGGGACGUCCCCCGACAAGAAGUCGGCUGUCGGUGUGCCUCCUGUGACUCCACCCCCGGAGCCAUUUGAAUACUACGACGCUGGAAACCACUGGUGCAAAAGCUGUAACGUCACCUCUGGUUCCAUGUUUGACUUUUACACGCACUUGCAAGGCAAAUCGCACCGGAAGACUCUGGACCCGUAUGACCGACCCUGGGCCACGUCUCCAACCAAAGUCGUGAAGAACGUCCCACCAGAGGAGAAACUGACCAAACCAGCCAAAGGUUCUGAGUUCCUGUUGCCCGUCAGAGGAUUCUUCUGUCUGCUGUGUAAAGAGUUUUACGGAGACGCCAUCUGUGCCGAGGAGCACGUCACCACACACGCUCACAACGAGAAAUACAAGAAACAAAUGUAUGAGAAUCCGCUUUACGAACAGAGGAGAAACCUGGACCGGCAGGCGGGACUGGCCUUGGACAUGAGUGGAAAGAAACGCAAACAUGAGGAAGACGAAAAGGGCGGGAAAGACAAGGAGGAGAAGACCAAACACAAAAAGGAGAAGAAGGACAAGGAGAAGAAAAAGGAGGAUGAUGGUGACGCUUCUCACAAGGAGGAGAAAAGUAAAGUAAAGGAGGAAGAAGAGGAGAAUCUGAAGCGCAGCAAGAUGGUGGAGGACUUAAAAAAUGCCAAGAGUCUGGAAGAGGAGCGGCCUUCACAGAGCAAGAAGGAUGACAAAUACCGCUACAGCAAAGGGGACGAGGAGAGGGCAGACCGAUACAAAUACAGCAGAGAUGAUGACUUUCGCCACCGCUAUCGUAGGGACGAUGAUGACAGGCCCAAAUAUGGUCCAAAAAAUGACGAGGAUCGGUAUAAAUACGGCAAAUAUGAUUCCAAAUCAAGAUACGACAGAGAACGAGGCGAGGGGAAACCAUUUAAAAACAUAGAUCUUGAAAAGCCAGCAGGGCAACCCGAGGUCAGCAGGCCUGAACCUCCACCAAAGGCCUAUGACCCACCCAAAAUCUUCUGUGGGCCCAGUCCGGCCAUGAGAGCCAAGCUCCGCAAACAGAGCCAGGAGGCUGGCAAACCAGUUCCUGUGAGCACGCCCGCAACAUUUGGAAAGUUCACGUGGAAGAAGAAGGAGAAUACGCUCGCAAAGGUUGCCGAGAAAAUCGCUGCUGAAUUCACCAAGGAAGAUGAAGCAGAGGCGAGUAAGAAGUCGGCCUCUGUAGAGGAUUCUUUUGCAAAGACCAUGGCUGUCGCUAAGGAAAUCGCAGAGAAGCUAGGGAACCAAGAAGUACCUCCUCCUCCUUUUGUGUCCAAUGGCGCCAACCGGGGAUGGGUCCGGCCCAACCUUAAAGCAUCUGCUCCUUUCUUCAAGAAAACAAACAUGAUGGGAAAACCUGCACCUCUGAACACUUUUCUCUCCCUCAGACCCGGAGGUAUAAUAGGACCUCUUCCAAAAGACUCUUCUGACCCUUUCACAAAGGCCAUAGCAGCUCAGAAUCAACUGCUGGGAGCCACAGUUGCGCCUCCUAUUGGCAAACCAGCCCCAUUAGUGGCUGCACCCAUCCCAGCUGUGUCUACACCAAAGCCUUCUGAGGCUAAAUCUCUAUUGCCAGUGACCAGACCUGCACUAAUUGGGCCAGUCCCAGCUGUGUCCUCACCUAAACCACCUGAGGCUAAACCUCCAUUCCCAGUGACCAGACCUGCACUAAUUGGACCAGUCCCAGCUGUGUCCUCACCUAAACCACCUGAGGCUAAACCUCCAUUGCCAGGGACCAGACCUGCACUAAUUGGACCAGUCCCAGCUGUGUCCUCACCUAAACCUCCAUUGCCAGUGACCAGACCUGGACCAGUUGGGCCAGUCCCAGCUUUGUCUACACCGAAACCUACUGAGGCUAAACCGCCAUUCCCAGUGUCCAGACUGGCACAAACUGAGAUUCAACCAGCACCAACUGUUUCUAAAAUUGUCACAACUGAAGCAACCCCAGCCUUUAAACCUCCACCCUCUGUGGCUACUCCAGUUCCAUCUGCACCCAAAUCCACACAACCAACAAUGGUGAAGAUAGUGUCGGACGUGGCAGCUCCUGGUGUCCCCGAGAGUGAGCAAACUCUGACUGUAUUUGUCAAGCCUCCACCUUUUAUGAACAUGAGUGACAGAGUUCAGAAGUCAGACAAAAUGAAGACCAACCAGGGCGUAGCCAAAGCUCAAGAAUUAUUGGGAAUCUUCUACAGCAGUGUUGGCCAAUCAGGUCCUUCCAUCACCAGACCAGACUCCAAAGCUGACAAGAGUAGCAGCAGUUCACUUCCAGCCCCAGAAGCACCACAACCUUGGCCUCUGGCCCAAACCCAGCUUCAACCUUCACCGGCGGUCCACACCGUUCCUCAACCAUCACCGGUGGUCCACACCGCUCCUCAACCUUCACUGGCGGUCCACACCGUUCCUCAACCAUCACCGGCGGUCCACAUCGUUACUCAACCAUCACUGGCGGUCCACAUCGUUACUCAACCAUCACCGGCGGUUCACACUGUUCCUCAACCUUCACCUGUCCACACCGUUCCUCAACCUUCACCGGUGGUCCACACCAUUUCUCAACCUUCACCGGUGGUCCACACCGUUCCACAAUCAGCCCCAAGCACUUCCCAAACAAGUCCACAGGACCAGCCACAGUCUGAACUUCAGAUCUCAUCAGUUUGGUCCUUGACCUGUAGCGCAACACCUGAGGUGGCUCCAUCUGAAACAUCUCAGUCAACUCAACCUACGCUGACUCCAUCAGCUCAGUUUGAGGUUCACAGUGAAGCUGUAGUCCAUUCCUCAACCUCUGCAUCAGAGUCCCAAACCACCACACAGACCGAGCCAGAACCAGUACCGCAGCCCCAGGCAGAACCUGCUGCACAUUCUGAAUCACAUCAGGAUGCUCUUUCUCAUCUAGAGACCCACCCUGAAUCAACUCCAGAACCCAAACUUAAACCGAGCCCCAAAUCUAGAGGCAAGAAAACCUCCCCUGUUACUGCCUGCCCGGUCCGGCAGACCAGAUACCAGACCCGGCGGCAACAGCGGCAGAACCAGCCUGAGCCAGAACCCGAAUCAGCCUCUGAAUCAGCGGAUUGUGACCCGAAGAGCCUGGAGCUCUUGGACCCGGGCGCAAGUUCACAGUUGGAAGAAGGGGUACCUAGUGAGUCAGACCAUCAGGUGAUGCAGAUCACUCCUGAAACCCUGGGCCUCCCCUCUGACAUGACCUCACUGGACUUUGACUAUGACUUUAACUUUGAGUAGAAAACUGACCUUCAUCUGUUAAAGGGCCUGUCCCCUGUCCCCUGAUCGUUUCCCAGGUCACGUGUUGCAUCACAGAGGAACCAGAGUUCCUGAAUGUUCCUGAACUGUUUGACAAGUCUGGAUCAUCUGGUUCGUCUUAAGAAGGGAGUCUGUGUUUCUAAGGUUGAACAUUUUUUUCCACAGUUGCCACUUUUUCCUUUUACUUUCAUUGUUGUUGGACAUUGAAGGUCAUGUAGAUACAAGUUCUGUACCUGACACAAACCUACACGUUUUCACAUGUUGUUCUUUGGUUAUUAUUGUCCUGCUAAUAAACGUGGAACCACAGGGAAACGUAGUGUCCACAUGGUUUGUAUCAGGAUGUUGUUUUUCUCACUUGUCUCCUUAAAGAAAAACUGUAGGACUGCUCCUUUAAAGAUCUCUGCUGAGCCACAUUUCUCCUUGUUCUUUCUCUUCCUGUUAAGUUCUGGACCAAUAAGCAGUAGCACAUGUGACCUGAUGUGAGGGUUAGAGUAGAAACCGACUGCUUGUCUGUUGAUUUAAAUAAAGUUUUAUUAAAAGUUGGUGAAAACAGGAA